AGGUUUCCCCUCGCCAUGGAUGACCUGAACCUGCACUACAGGUUCCUGAACUGGCGCCGGCGGAUCCGGGAGAUCCGGGAGGUUCGGGCCGUCCGCUACCAGGAGCGCGCCAAGCACAUCCUGGUGGACGGCGACACGCUCAGUUAUCACGGGAACUCCGGCGAGGUCGGCUGCUACGUGGCACCGCGGCCCCUCACCAGGGACAACAACUACUUUGAGGUGUCCAUCGUGGACAGCGGGGUGCGGGGCACCAUCGCCGUCGGCCUCGUGCCACAGUACUACAGCCUGGACCACCAGCCCGGCUGGCUGCCCGACUCCGUAGCGUACCAUGCCGAUGACGGGAAGCUGUACAGCGGCAGAGCCAAGGGCCGGCAAUUCGGCACCAAGUGCAGCUCCGGGGAUCGCAUCGGCUGCGGCAUCGAGCUGGUCUCCUUCGAGGUGCAGACAGCCCAGAUCUUCUUCACCAAAAACGGGAAGAGGGUGGGUUCCACCAUCAUGCCGCUGUCCCCCGAGGGGCUCUUCCCGGCGGUGGGGAUGCACUCGCUGGGAGAGGAGGUGCGGCUGCACCUCCACGCCGAGCUGGGGACGGAGGAGGAUGACAGCGCCAUGAUGGUGGACAGCUACGAGGAGGAGUGGGGGCGGCUGCACGACGUGAAGGUCUGCGGCACGCUGCUGGAGUACGUGGGCAAAGGGAAGAGCAUCGUGGACGUGGGGCUGGCGCAGGCGCGUCGCCCCCUCAGCACCCGCAGCCACUACUUCGAGGUGGAGAUUGUGGACCCCGGCGAGAAAUGCUACAUCGCCCUGGGGCUGGCCCGCAAGGAUUACCCGAAAAACCGGCAUCCCGGCUGGAGCAGGGGCUCGGUGGCGUAUCAUGCGGACGAUGGGAAGAUCUUCCACGGCAGCGGGGUGGGGGACCCCUUUGGCCCCCGCUGCUACAAGGGCGACAUCAUGGGCUGCGGCAUCAUGUUCCCCCGCGACUACAUCUUGGACAGUGAAGGUGACAGCGACGACACCUGCGACACUGCGGAGGUGAAGCCCAAACCUGUCAGGAACGUGAUGUACCUGCAUCAGGAGGAGGAAGAGGAGGAGGAGGAAGACGACGGCGAGGAGAUGGAGCAGGAGCACGAGGGCAAGAAGGUGGUGGUGUUCUUCACCCGCAACGGGAAGAUCAUUGGCAAGAAGGAGGCGGUGGUGCCGCCGGGGGGGUACUUCCCCACCGUCGGGAUGCUCAGCAGCGGCGAGAAGGUCAAGGUCGACCUGCACCCCCUCAGUGGUUAGGGUGGGGGGGGGGCACGGGGGGGCCCCCCCCCCUGCCGGGCCCUGCCCCCCCCCCCCAACACCCCCCGUGCACUUUAAGGCCUUUUGCCUGGCAGUGGGUUCCCUCCCCUCUGUGUUAUUGGGGGGCCCAAACCUGCCCUCGCCACCUGUGGGUGCCCCUUUGUGCGGCUGCGGGA